AUACUCGGUCACGUAGAAGAUACAUUUAGAGAGAGGCUAACGAGAUGAGAUCUGUUAGCUGCCCCCCUCACCCCUCCCUCUCUCUCUCUCUCUCUCUACUCUGACUGAACGUCUCUCCUCAUCCUGCUCUCGUUCCGGAUGAGUGACAAUAAUUCGAAAUGACAGGUUCCCAUUAAAUCACCAUUAGAGAAGCUCUGCGCAGGAUCAUCAGCACGUUAGCCAAUAAGAACGAGGAGCUGCACAACUUCCUGGAAGCGGUUGACAGCACACUGGUGGGACUACAGGAAGAUUCAUGUAAGGUGAUGACAGACUUAGAGGCGGAGCUUGAGCAGCUGAGCUGUGCCCUCCACGAGAAAGGUGAGGAGCUUCGUGACAUCAUCAAGGAUGAAAAGUGCAGAAAGGAGGCGGAGCUUCAGAGACAGCUCUCUGAAGGAAAGUUUGCUCUGGAGUCGUGUGAGGAGCUGCUGGAGUUUGCGAAUCAAACGUUGUCCAUCAAUAAUGAAGAAGAAUUUCUGAUGGCGGCUAAAGAAAUCAAAGAAAGAGUGACCAUGGCACCCGCGUUCCGGCUAACGACACGUCCAGCUGUGUCUGAGAACAUGACGCAAUUCACUGUUGACUUCACUGCUGAGGGGGAGGGGCUUAGGAGACUUCACUUCCUGCCAGUUCCCAAACCUCCAGAAAUUGACGUCUCCCGGUGCGUUUUACGUGACAACAACAUCACAGUUGUCUGGCGUAUGCCUGCAGAGGGCAGCGGUGAGAGCAUCAGUGGACCAGUCAAAUGCUACGAGCUACAAUACAGAAAAACAAACCAGAAGAACUCAGUGAAAAUGGUGGAGAAAGCAUGCUGGGAAAAAGUCUGUGACAUCACAGAGACACAGUUCACUCUCUCAGGUCUGAAGUUUGAUUCUGCCUUUGUCGUUUUCCGUGUUCGGGCCAAAAACAAAACCGCGGCCGGAGAGUUUUCUGAAUCCGUUGCCAUGGAAACCAAAGCGUUCAACUUUGGGUUCGAUUCUUCGACGGCCCACGCCGAGCUGAAGGUUCACGGUGACACGGUGACCUGGGAUCCUCAACGGGUCAAAGGGCACGACCCUCGUCUCAGGUGUAAAGACGUGAAAAGCAGCAGAAGUGCAACACCAUCACCUAACAAAACGUCAGGAAACAGAGGCGGUCGUGACCGGUUUGCAGGAGAGUCGUACACAGUUCUGGGAGACCAGGAGAUGAUCGGUGGCUGCCAUUACUGGGAGCUCCGCCUCGUGGCCGACUGGAAGUCUUUCAGUGUGGGCGUGGCCUAUCGCUCAAGCUUGGGCCGCUUCGACCAAUUAGGAAAGAGCACUGGCUCCUGGUGUCUUCAUGCCAGCCAAUGGCUGCAAAACGCGCUGGCAGCCAAACACAACAACAGAGUGAAGACGCUGGAGUGGCUGGCGCUGCAACAGGUCGGGAUUUACUGCGACUACGACAACGGAGAUUUAGUUUUCAUUGACGUCGAGCGACUUCGUCUCCUUCACUCCUUCAAAACAAAGUUUGUUCAGGCGCUGGUUCCUGCCUUCACUGUCUGGUGCGGAGGACUCACCGUCCUGACGGGUCUGCAGGUUCCAAGUUUCAUGGAGAAUUUCCUGUCGACCAAUCGGAGUCUGAGCGACCUGUCCCAAUAAAAGAUGACGUUUAUCCUGGAUCUGUUUUAUAAGAUGUGUGUAUGUGAAACAGUGGCUGUAGACGAGUGUAAAAUAAUAUAUAAUAGUAAUAAUGACAUUUGCUGCCUGCUCUUAUUUUGUUAAUGAAGCCACAGUUUAAUAAUGCACAGGCUUUUAUUCUGUAGGAGUUCUACAGUAAAUACCUUGGCUGUAUAAAUAAACAUGUAUAAAUGAAAAAAAAAUAUUUUUAAAACUUUUUGUCCAUAAACAUGAAACCUGACUCUUCCUGUUUCCUCUGUGUGAAAGGCUAUGAUUAUGAAACCUGUUCUGUGAGUAAGUAUUUUAUUUUGAAGGUGAGUUAAAAACAUGCACUUGUUUGAAUGUUGCACAAAAUGUUAGUGACUGUGUUUAAGAAUAAAAGUGGAAAAAUAUGUUUUGAAUGAGUGACAAAACAAUGGUAAAAUAAAAUAAAU